AGAACGAUCGUAUUUACAUUGAUGAAUUGCUUGUUUUUUAAUUUUAAAUUUUAAUUUACACAUUUAUCGAGCCCAGAAGCGGAAGUAAAUUAGUUUUCACUCGACUGAAACAGAUCAAAUUGUCUCGAGAUCGGGAAUAGUUAUAGCUUGCAAUACCAGUUAAAGCGCUACUCAGGUCUGGUAUGACAAGAGCUGUGUACUUACAUCGAUACACAUACAAACUAUAUGUACAUGUAAAACUUUGGAUUAGAAGUGUUUGUUCUCGGCGAAUUCUUUAUUCAAUAGUACGGCUGUGUAUUACACUAUAGCGCGAAACGAGGUCCCUGUUAAGACUAGUAAGUUGGAGAGUUUGUAUUGUGUGUACACAUUGAACUCUAAGUCGAGAUGCGUUAAUUAUGCGUCAAUAAUACAUUAUAAUUGGUUAUACUCUACACUUGCGUACAUAAUACAUGAAAUGGGAGAAGUUACGGCCUGGUAACAGCCUGAACCUGCCUUGCUACACCACUGUGCAGAGGAUUACAUAUCUACAUAUACGACAGUGUCAAAUACCAAUAGCAUUUGUUUACAUGGUGCUUUGUCUGAUGAGAACACAUGUUUAUACACCUAGUUGUACCUGCCUAGCGGGUGUUUUUUUUUUUAUCAUACCACAGAUACGCACAACAUCGUUUGCUGUCCGACGCUCGUCCGACGGCUGCCAUUCCGGAUACAUCGUUGAUCCACUAAUGUCCGGUACGGAAAAAUGGGUGGUGCUGAUAUCCGGAUUCCUAACUAUAUUUCUGGGUACCAGUCUGGGAUACUCUUGUGGGGUAAUUCAUGUCGCCCUUCUGGAGAAGUACAACAGGUCGUCCCUCCUGACGGCCUGGCUCGGCUCACUCUUCAGCAGUGUGUUCUGUCUCGGAGCUCCUUUCGGAAGUGCUCUUGUGAACAGCUUCAGUUGCCGCGCAUGCGUGAUCAUCGGCGGAAGUCUGAACAUGAUUGGAUUUGCCUUAGCAUGCUUUGUUCCGAAAUUCGAAUUUUUAUUUUUCUCAUACGGAACUCUUGCAGGUCUGGGCCAGUCUCUUUCUAACAUUGGCGCCGUCGUGUCCAUUGGCUACUACUUUCAGAGGCAGCGUACACUAGCCACAGCCGCCAUUUUGGUAGGGACUGGACUUGGAAUAGUUAUAUUCCCGCCACUUAUUCGGAUCUUUCUGGAUCAAUACGGACUUGACGGGACAUUCCUUAUGCUCGGGGGUAUAUCAUUCCAGACAUGCGUGUUUGGAGCGUUUUUGCGACCACACAAGGCGGAGAUCAAGCGACAGCAGACUAUGUCGUCACAAGCUGGUAUUUGUCAACUUUUCAAACUUACACAUGUAUGUUCUUCUAUGAAAGAUCAUCUUAAUUUAUUUAACAAUACAGGGUUUAUUUUCAUGUGCCUUAGUAUAUUAUGUUGGAGUUCCGGUAUAAACAGUUGUACACUUCUACUUCCGGAUUUUUAUGUGUCGACUGGAUCAACUCCUACCGAAGCCGCCUACCUCAUGUCCUUAUAUGGUAUCGGAAAUACAAUGUCAAGGCUAUUAACUGGAUUGGCAGCAGUCGAGGGAGGGAUUGACGGAAAGAUAAUCUAUUUCGGAUCCUGGGGUAUUGUGGGGGUUCUGACGUUCUGCUUUCCCGCCACGGGGAAUGUGUUUGUAGGGAAAGUGAUAUACACUGUGCUGCUAGGGUUGUACUCGGGCGGGACAUUCGUACUCCUCAGUCAGAUAGCGGUGGACAUCAUGGGGCUUGACCGUUUCGCUAGUGCUGUCGGCAUGGAACUGUUCGUGUGUGGUAUUGGAUUUCUUGUCGGUCCAGUAAUUGCAAGUAGAAUAAUGAACGUUGCAGGAUAUCACAACGUGUUUAUGUUUCUAGGUUGUCUGUUUGUCUUGGCGUCCGUGCUAGGUGCAGUGACGAUACUCUUUAUACCAAAAGACAUACAGAAAACACACAAAGAAGUGAUGUCAAAAACAACAGAAGCUAGUCCAGAGGAAAAGCAGUCUAUGGUCGACCCAGUAUAGAACGCCAUGCUACUAGCAAUUUUAUGUAAUACUCUGCUACGCAUCUGUUUUUGUUGAUUUGAAAUGUUAUUUAUAAGUUGUUUUUUACAUUAAAUUAUGAAUGAAACAUGAAAUUUAUUUAAUAAAAUGCAGAGCGCGUAAGUGAGCGUAAGCCCUGGAGUAUCGAGGCUGGCCACGGUUGUGCAAUUUCUUCAGACGAAGGACUGUCUGGUAGGUCAACCUGAAUAAGUAGUUUUAAAAUUUGUAUAUUUCAUUCCUGUGCGUAUGUGAUUUUGCAUUACGUCAUAUGUACAGGUAUAUAAAGUACGUGCCGGAAGUCUUUCGCUUUAUGUUAAUUUUCCAUUGGAUUCUAUGAUAAUCAACUUUUUCCCUUAAAAAAAUAAUUGUAACUUUGUUGACUUUGACAUCAAAUUUUGAUAAAACUUUAGACCCUAAUGCAUACAUUAUUUAGUGUUUCUAGACCCCCUUUUACGAUACACCUGCAGGAUAUACAGCAGGGACCACAUUCAUAAAACCGUUCUUAUGUUCAAGCAUGCUUUUUUUUGCUCAAGCCAAACAUUUCUUGUUUACGUUUUAAACUAAUAAACAAGUAUUAUUGCGUCAAUGAUUUGGAAAAAUAUUGAAGAGACUUAAGGCAAAAUACUGUUUUUAAUGUUUACAUUUGACUUUUUGAUCAUUUGACAUGAAUUAAGCGAGUUUCAAGAAUUCAAAAUUCAACAAAAUCCAUGCUUGAGCAUGAGAACGAUUUCUUGAAUACGAACCUAGGUCUAUUCUUGAUUUAUUUCUUCAAUGUCACCGUAAUAGAAGAAAAGGAAGAGAUCAUCCCCGAUUCUGCAAGAGGGAGCACAUUAGUCGCCUCUUAUUAUCAGGCAGUGGAAUACAGCAGGCCUAUUCUUUCCCCGACCUGCACGGGUUUUUAUGUAAUUAAUGAUUACACUAUAUAAAUGUUACAAAUUGAAGCGCUAGCUUAGUCUCUGGUUGUGUGCCAUUUUAUCAAUUUUCGACAAAACAAAAGCCAGGACUAGACCAGAAAACGACAUUAACUUUAUUCAAUAGCAAAUACAACAUGGGAGACUAAAUGGCACAUCUCUUUGUGUGUGAAAGGAAGAUCUAAUAGUAAGUACCCACAUGUAUAUUAAGUAUCAUAAUACCCCUAGAGAAGGCGAUUGUGAAAAGAAUACUACCCAUUGGAUGUAGUAAGAGGCAACUAACGUGGGAGCCUCCUGCUGAAAAGGAAUUGCGUUUGUGCCCUCUACUCGGGAAUAAUAAAUCUGCUGCACCCAUUGCAAUAUUUCGUGUUUUUUUUUAUAUCUCUCUACUUCUAAAUACCUUUUACUUCGUAGUGCCUGCUUGACGAUUCCUCAU